ACCUUCCCAUUCGCGUCCCGAGGUCCUCGAAUUUCUUCCUUCAGAGGGAAGUUUUCCUCACUGCAGCGUCAACACAAUGUCGCUUCUAAUCCCGGGGCUGCGUAGAGCAGCGCCGAAAUUGGCGAGCAGCCCGUUUAUCUGCCGCCAAUGCCUCCGCCAGCAACCACGAAUAGCUUCCUCGCGGAUACUCCGGUCGCUACAAGUGCGGUGUGCGAGCACCGAGUCGCAGACACAGACUCGCUUCGCUCGGUAUUUCACAUCCUCGGCCGUCGCGACCCCCGCCAUAGCGGACGCAGCUUCGCAAGGCGCGAAAAAAAGGUCGUUCCCCGAGACGAGCCCCAAGUCAGUAGCAUACUGGUUAAUCGGCAGCGCCGCGAGUGUCUUCGGCAUCGUGGUGUUCGGAGGACUUACACGGUUAACGGAGUCAGGCCUCAGCAUAACAGAAUGGAAACCCGUAACCGGCUCCCUGCCUCCCCUCACACAAGCAGACUGGGAAUCCGAAUUCGAAAAAUACCGCGCCUCCCCAGAAUUCCACCUCCUAAACUCGCACAUGGACCUCGACGAAUUCAAAAAGAUCUACUUCAUGGAAUGGACGCACCGUCUCUGGGGCCGAGUAAUCGGUCUCUCCUUCGCCCUCCCAACCCUCUACCUCAUCGCCCGCCGUCGAGUAACACCUCGCGUAGCCUUCCACCUCCUCGGUAUAUCCGCACUUAUCGGUUUCCAGGGGUUUAUCGGGUGGUGGAUGGUGAAAUCGGGGCUCCGCGAUGAUUUAUUCGCGCCGGGCUCGCAUCCAAGAGUCUCGCAGUACAGACUCGCGGCGCAUUUGGCUACGGCGUUUGUGUGUUACUCCUGGAUGCUACUCGCGGGUUUGGGAAUUUUGCGCGAUCGAAGAUUACUAGCUGAACCCGAAUCUGCGUCUAAACUCGCUGCCGCAUUAAAGAACCCCGCCAUUGCGCCGUUCCGACGCUCGGUGCUCGCGCUUACGAUCCUGGUCUUUACUACCGUACUAUCCGGCGCUUUAGUCGCGGGUCUCGAUGCCGGGUUGAUAUACAAUGAGUUCCCAAAGAUGGGAUUAGGUCUGACGCCCCCGCGCUCCGAGCUUUGGGAUAAGUUUUACUCGCGAAAAGAAGAUGGAUCGGAUUUGUGGUGGCGCAAUAUCCUAGAAAAUCCGAGUUUGGUGCAGCUAGACCACCGGAUCCUAGCUACGACUACGUUCUGCACUAUACUGGGUUUAUUCGCGUACUCGCGAACAGGUCGUGUGGCCGCUGCGCUACCUAAGAAUGCUAGGAAAGGCAUGUUAGGUGUUGUGCACCUAGUAUGUCUACAGGUCGCGCUCGGCAUUAGCACGCUUAUCUACAUGGUACCUAUCUCGCUAGCUGCGGCGCAUCAAGCGGGCAGUCUAGCAUUACUGACGGGAGUUCUCGUACUUGGCCACCGCCUACGUGUGCCAAAGUCAACUCUUACCAUGGUUCAAAAGAGGCUGUCCUCGACGACGAAGCCGCGGUAGUUAUUGCUUAUGCUACGUUAUGUAUGCCUCUUAUGAUGAGUAUUCACUAGACAUACCACUAGAUACCAUGUACUCUUAUGUAAAACAUAACCCUUCUCAAUUGUUCCUUUUUUCGUUUACCCUGCUACAGUGCGA